UCAAAGAGACGAGCAGACGACAGGUGCGUGCGCAUACACAAGGUCAUACAAAUAUUGCUUCCGGACCUGCGCACCGCGUUUGUGUCAGCCUUCUUUCGCCGACGUCUGAACCGGACAGGAUCUUGAAUUCACUUAUCCCCCAAACAAACAAUGGGCGUCCCCAAGGUUGGAAUCAACGGAUUUGGCCGUAUUGGUCGUCUCGUUCUACGUUCAUGCAUUGAUGCUGGGGUACCUGUUGUUGCAGUCAAUGACCCUUUCAUCUCACUUGAAUAUAUGGUGUACAUGUUCAGAUAUGACUCAACACAUGGACGUUUCAAAGGAGAGGUGUCAUCAGAUGGAAGCAAAUUGAUUGUCAAUGGCAGUCCCAUUGAUGUUUACUGCAAACGUGGUCCUGAGGAGAUCCCAUGGAGUGACAGUGGUGCCGAAUAUGUGGUUGAGUCAACAGGAGUGUUCACAGCACUUGAGAAGGCUUCUGCUCACUUCAAAGGUGGUGCCAAGAAGGUCAUCAUCUCCGCCCCAUCCGCUGAUGCUCCAAUGUUUGUGAUGGGCGUGAACCACACUAAGUACACACCCGAUCUGAACGUUGUCAGCAACGCCUCCUGCACAACCAACUGCCUGGCCCCUCUCGCCAAGGUCAUCAACGACAACUUCGGCAUUGUUGAGGGCCUCAUGACAACUGUGCAUGCUUACACCGCUACACAGAAGACAGUGGAUGGCCCCAGUUCAAAGGACUGGCGUGGAGGCCGUGGUGCAGCCCAGAACAUCAUCCCCUCAUCUACUGGAGCUGCUAAGGCUGUGGGCAAAGUGAUCCCAGAGCUCCAAGGCAAGUUGACUGGAAUGGCUUUCCGUGUCCCAGUACCUGAUGUAUCAGUGGUUGAUCUCACAGUCAGACUGGAGAAAGGGGCAUCUUAUGAGAAGAUCAAGGAGGUUGUCAAGAAAGCCUCUGAGAAUGAGAUGAAAGGAAUUCUUGGAUACACAGAUGAAGAUGUUGUAUCACAGGACUUCCUCGGUGAUGCCAGGAGCAGCAUCUUUGAUGCCAAGGCUGGCAUUGCUCUCACCGAUAACUUUGUCAAACUUGUUUCAUGGUAUGACAAUGAGUACGGCUAUUCCAACCGUGUCGUCCAACUGAUUCAGUACAUGUCAAGCCAAUAAACACCAAAAACUUUUUUAACAUGUUUAAGUAAUAGAAAACAAGACUUUACCUAAUUAUUCAAUACUGGUAACUUGCCUCUCUGUUCAGUUGUCCUGCCAGUGGCUCAAUUUAUGUGUGUGUUGAAGCUUCUUGAACCAAAAGUAAGCAUUAUGCAGGGUAAAAAGGAGUCAUUACAUCACCAUCACUUUAACACACCGUUGUUAGUCUGGCAAUGUUAACCUUUCAUACAAGUAUGUUCAAAGCUUAAGAGUGGUGCUUAAGAUCUGAGAUUGUGAUGGUAUCGCUCCCACGAACUUGGUGUGCCAUAAGAAACUGUGGAGGAUACAAGUGCUAGUUUAUACAGGAGUUUUCCUUUUGUUUUUCCUUUGUCUGAUGUAUAAGCAGCGAGUUCGCACCUGUACUACUAACAUUGGUCUCUGUAAUAAAAGAUAUCCUUGUUGA